UUCACGCAUGCGCGUGUGUCGUACCCACGUGGCGAAUAACCCACUUUUGUUGGGAAUGGAAAGGACUGUACGACAAAGGAACCAGUUGCCUACCAACCUGCCCCAGCUGCAGAACCUCAUCAAGAGAGAUGGUGACCUCUACAAGGAUGAGUUCUUGCAGCAGUACCAUCACUACCAGUCACUGCUGCAACUGUUCCUCAUCAACCCCUCACAACAGAGCUCUCGGCUGGAGGAGCUCAUCAUGUUCCUCAGUCAAGUAACUAGGAACUUAUAUACAAGCUGUGUGUUGCUGUUACCCUGAUGACAUGGCAGGUUUUCCCGCCGAACUGCAAUCAUUGCUACGAAAACACGCCCCCAUCCUUGAUCCGGACGUCCGUUUAACCCUUUGUCGAGGGUUAAUACUCAUGAGGAACAAGAGCUUCAUUGCCCCCCAGAGUUUGCUGGAGCUGUUCUUUGAGCUGUUCAGAUGUCAAGACAAAGUGCUCAGAAUGACGCUGUACAAUCAUAUCGUGGCUGAUAUGAAGAGGAUGAACGCAAAGCACAAGAACAACAAAGUUAACAGGGGCCUCCAGUCGUUCAUGUACACCAUGCUGGCAGACAGCAGUCCCAUAGCAGCACGGAUGUCACUGGACAUAAUGGUGGAAAUGUACAAGAAAAAUAUUUGGAACGACGCUAAGACUGUGAACGUGGUCAGCACUGCUUGCUUCUCUCCUAUCUCUCGAAUAGUGUCCACUGCUCUCAAGUUCUUUCUCUCUGGAGACGAGGGGGCGGAUGAUGAGGGGGCGGAGUCCAGCGGCAGUGAGGACGAGUCGAACGUUGCCAUGAGGAAGAUUAUUAUCUCCAAGCAAGUCACCAAGAAGGGGAAAAAACAGAGGAGGAAAAUAGAAAAGGCAUUAGCAACUAUCAAGAAACACCAGAAGAGGCGCAAAGGUCCAAAGCAGUCGUGUUUCUCAGCAUUGCACCUGCUUCACGAUCCCCAGGAUUUUGCUGAGAAACUCUUUAAAGUUCUCGAGAAAACUCGUGAGAAAUUUGCUAUUCGAAUGAUGAUGAUGUCAUUGAUCUCUCGUUUGAUUGGUCUACACCAGCUGUUUGUGUUCAACUACUAUCCGUAUCUUCAACGAUUUCUGCUACCACAUCAAAAGGACGUUACUAGGAUACUGACAUUCCUAGCGCAGGCCUGUCAUGAGUUAGUACCUCCUGAUAUACUACAGCCGACCCUGAGAGCGGUGGUGUAUAACUUUGUGUCAGAGAGGAACUCCUCGGAGGUCAUCGUAGUCGGACUCAACACUGUGCGUGAGGUGUGUGUGCGCUGCCCCCUAGUGAUGGACGAGGACCUACUGAGAGACUUGACUGCCUAUAAGAGUUACAAGGACAAAGGAGUCAUGAUGGCCUCCAGAUCACUGAUUCAGCUCUUUCGGAACAUCCAGCCCGGCAUGCUCCAUAGGAAGGACAGGGGCAAACCCACUCAGUCUCAGUCCGCAGCUGUUUCCAAGGACUACGGUGAAGUAAGAGCGGCCGAGAUCAUACCCGGAACAGAACUGGUGGAUCUGGACUCAGACCAGGCUAGCAACGACGACAACGAGGGAGAGAGUAUCCAAGACGAUAGUGAUGAUAGUUACGGAGAAUGGAUCGAUAUCCAUCACGCAAGUGACGACAACGACUCUGACAAUGGCGUGCAUACACUAGAACUGGAAUCAGAAGACGAGAGCGAUGACUGGGUGGAACAGGAAUCUGAAUCUGAAUCUGAAUCUGAACCGCACAGCCCUCAAUACGUGGAGGACCGUGAGGGUGGUUCCGUUCCAUUCCAAGAUAAAGACGAACCCUCGACCUCUACUGGUAGGAGCGCUGUGAAGAAGGUGCAGUUUAGCGGUGGUGAAGUGGAGGCACCAAAGGAAGUGUUGAAAGAAGUGAAGGAGCAGAGACUGCAGCGUGCCGCUGACAUUGCUCAGUCCAGAAUCCUGACUCAGGAGGAGUUUCGCACCAUACGUCAGACACAGCUCUCCUCCAAGCUAGCCCCGAGACGUGGCGUUAAACGUCAGCUGACAGAGUUGCUAGCUCAGCAGGAGGAUCGUAGGGAAGGGGAGGGAGAGCUACUGCCUGAGGCCGCCAUUAUGACACUGGAUCAUGUCAAGAUAAAGUAUGAUAAGAAGGCGCGGUUGGAGAGUAUUAAGAGUGGCCGAGAGGAUAGGGACAAGUUUGGCACCAAGAGGCACAAGCUCAAUCCUCACAGCAGUACCACCAACAAAGACAAAAACAAGAAGAAAGCAUUCAUGAUGCAGAAACAAAAGAGACUUGUUCGGGGUAAGAGCAAAAAGUCAUUCAGAGAAAAGCAAAUGGCGCUUAGGAAGUCGCUGCUCAAACAGAAACAUAGAAAAUAGAACAAUUAUUAUAUACAUAAUUAUCUGUAUAAUUAUUCAAUGCACGCUAUUUCAUGAAGUUGUAAAUGCAAGCAAUUUUGUGGUUUGAAAUCUGAA